AUGGUAGUAAAUUUUUUAAGGCUAACAAUAAGACCAAUGAUGAGUCGUAGUAUUGUUUUUUUCGUUAUCCUUAUCAUCCUUCAUAUUGUUCAUAGCCAAGAACAAUUUAUUCAAACAGGGAGUCGUAUUCAAUCAUCGUCAUCAUUAUGUAGUAUCCAUCGGCAAGGCUUCGGUCAAUUAGAAUAUGUCGAGUUAACAGCUUCGUCGAUAAAUAUUCAAUUUACAAAUAUAUUUUCUAAUUUACAAUGUUCCACAAUUCACGUCUCAGCAACGAUAACAAAUACACUUACAAAUGAAAUUGAACAAAAAUUUGAAGAUAUUCAAACAAAUAAUUUCUAUACGGAUCGAUUACUUUCAAAUCAUGACUAUUCAGUAAUAAUAAAAGUUUCUGAUGAAAAAUCUCUACGUAUUUUGCCCACAUAUAUUUUUCAAACACUUGAACUAUCUAAUCGAAAAACUGUAACUCUAUCAAAUGAUGAUCUUUUAACAGUUGAACAAAUUGAAUCUUUUAUUUUCCCUCAUACACAUAUGUAUAUUGUUACAUUACCUUCACAUGUCCGUCGAACAGCUAUUCUCGGAAAUAUAACUCUUUCAUAUACAAUAGAUCAAAAACAAAACAAAUAUCAUCAUAUUGUCAAACCGUUAGAUAAUAAUGUUAUUUCUCGUAUCGGUCGAAUAGCAAGCAAAACAAUAGCUUUCUCUAUUGAAUUACCAAAUGAAAACAAUACUUCUAUUGAAUAUUCAACUUCUAUUCAAUUAUUUUAUUCCAACGAUCGAAGACAAUCAAUUAUUGAUCAUCCAGUUAUGAUAAAAUAUCCUCAACCAAUUACUGUCGAUUUUCUAACCUUAUCAACUCGAUCAAUGCGUGUAUUCAUAAAUCAUUUAUGUUUAUCUUAUAUUGAAGUUAAAGCUAUUGUUUACAAUGAUUUAAAAGCUGUCUCUCGUGGCCAAUGUGAUAUAAAUAAAAAAGAUACGUCGCUUUCUGAUAUAACCAAGGGCAAAUGUUCGAUUGUAUUUGAUAAGCUUCAACCUGAGGAAAACUAUACAUUAUCAGUACGGGCUACAUGUCCAAUUACAACAUCAUCAUCGUUAUCAUUUGUUUUUCAUGAUCAAGCUCGACUUUAUCCAUUUCAAACAUCAAGUGGCUUACCAGAUGAUUCUCCUUUGGUAUUAUCGUUCUAUAACAAUAAUAGAACAUUAACAUGGACAGAUCCAUCAACGAAUAUGUCUUAUCUUGGUCCGGAUUAUUAUUAUGAAUUAUUUACCAAAUCAAAUGAUAAUUGGACAUUAAUCUAUCGAGGAAAUAAUACACAAUAUCAAUUAAAACAAACAUUGUUAGAACAAACUAAUUUAACUUUUCGACUUUACGUUGGUAAUCAAUAUGGACGACAAGAAACACAUUAUUCACAAUUGGAUGUUCGUGUUGAUCCUAUUUAUCAUUCAACUUCAAAUAAUCAAAUAGUGAUUAUUACGAUUUUAAUUUCAAUUUUAUUUCUUAUACUUUUUGGCUUUAUAUUUUUUGCGUGCUACCUGCGUAGUAAAAAACUUUAUGGAAAAUUAAAAAAAAAGUAUGGUCAAAAUGGCGAUAUAUCUGAUAAAGAAUUAGAUCAUCUAAGAUCAUUAACAUUUGGUAAUACAUUAAAAGAUAAUGUACUUUAUACAUGGAAUCAUACACCAACUAGUGUUGACAUAAAAAAAUUACCUAAAAUUGAACGAGCUAUGAUUAAACUUGAUCGUUUAAUAGGCAAAGGAGCAUUUGGCGAAGUUUAUGCUGGAUUAAUGACGAAUAAUCAAUCGGUCGCAAUUAAAACAUUACAUAGUUCAGCAUCUUCAGCACAACGUGUUGAUUUUCUUAAAGAAGCUAUUAUAAUGAAUCAAUUUAAUCAUGAACAUAUAAUACAUUUAUUGGGCGUUUGCUUUCAUAAUGAUUAUCAACCACAAUUUUUGGUUAUUGAAUUAAUGAAACAAGGAGAUUUACAAAACUAUUUGCGACGUUCGAGACCAUCAAAAGAUAAUGAUCAAUGUCAAUUGUCAUAUGAUGAUUGUCUUGAUAUAGCAAGGCAAAUAGCUGACGGUGCUUGUUAUCUUGAACAACAUUCAUAUGUUCAUAGAGAUUUAGCAGCUCGAAAUUGUCUCGUGUCAUCAAAAGAUAUCAAUGAUGGAAAAGUUCUUGUAAAAAUUGGUGAUUUUGGUUUAGCCCGAAUGUUAAGUCAACAAGAUUAUUAUAGAAAAACAGGUGAAGCUCUUUUACCGGUACGAUGGAUGGCACCAGAAUCAUUACUUGAUGCCAUAUUUACUUCUAACUCGGAUAUUUGGUCAUUUGGUAUUGUUCUCUGGGAAAUUAUAACACUAGGUCAUGUACCAUAUUCGCCGAUGAGUAACCAACAAGUUAUUUCAUUAAUUACAACAACACGCGGCACAUUAGAAAAACCUAUUCAAUGUACACAGGCUUUAUUUGAACUCAUGCUAUCAUGUUGGCAAUAUAUACCUGAAGAUCGUAUUAAUUUUUCGGAUCUUCAUUCUCAUUUGAAUGAAAUAAUAAUGGAUGAAAAUAAGGAACAACCAUCAAUAUGGUUUUCGAAUGAAGCAUCAUCAACAACGGCUCGUAAUGUUCUCGAUUGUGUAUUAAGUCAUAUAGAACCGCCAACAUCAAUAUCAUUUGAAGGUUCAGAUAAUGGUGAAUGUCGUUCAUCAACAUCGGGCUGUUUUUCAUCGAUGACAGAAAGUACUUCACCAUCAAACCAGCAUAAUCAUCAUCAUCAUCAUCAUCAUCAUCAUCCAAAAGAAAUGAUUCCAUCUUAUCAAUUACGUUUAAUUGAUGAUACAACGAGUAAUGACUUUGCCGAUGACGAUGAUCACAGUGACAUUGUACGUUCUUUCUAA